GAGGAGACACCCGCCCCGCUCCCUGCAAAGCGGCCUUAUUUAUCUGGGCACAGCCAUAGCCUCCCCGGUGGGAGGCUCGGGCGGCCGAUCCUCUCCCACCGGGGAGCUCCGCUCCGGGCGCGGCGGAGGGGGCCCGGCGGGGCGCGGGGCGCGGGGCGCGGCUGGGCUCUGCCCGCCAGUCCAGCACCUCGGCCGCUUCCGAGCUCGCCGGCGCCCAUGCUGGGCUCCCUAUGACGCGAGGUCGCCGGGCGGACAGCGUGGCAUGAGCCAGGAGCCCAGGCCAAGAACAUUCGAGGAAGAUGUCGAGCCCCGGUAUCAACGGCGACCCCAAACCUCCAUGCUUGCCUCGAAAUGGCCUGGUAAAGCUGCCGGGCCAGCCCAAUGGCCUGGGAGCAGCCAGCAUCACCAAGGGCACUCCUGCUGCCAAGAACCGUCCCUGCCAGCCACCGCCCCCACCCACCCUUCCACCUCCCAGCUUGGCCUCCCCGUUGUCCCGGGGCACACUUGCUGGGGGCCCCUGCCCCCUGGCAGGUGGACCAGCCUCAGCCUCGGUGCCUGGACCCCCAGCAGAGCGGCCGCCACUGGCCACAGAUGAGAAGAUCCUCAACGGCCUCUUCUGGUACUUCUCAGCAUGUGAGAAGUGCGUGCUAGCCCAGGUGUGCAAGGCCUGGCGGCGUGUGCUCUACCAGCCCAAGUUCUGGGCAGGCCUCACACCUGUACUGCACGCCAAGGAGCUCUACAACGUGCUGCCUAGUGGUGAGAAGGAGUUCGUGAACCUGCAGGGCUUCGCUGCACGUGGCUUUGAGGGCUUCUGCCUGGUUGGGGUCUCUGACCUGGACAUCUGUGAGUUCAUCGACAACUAUGCGCUCUCCAAGAAGGGGGUCAAGGCCAUGAGCCUCAAGCGCUCCACCAUCACGGAUGCUGGCCUAGAGGUGAUGCUGGAGCAGAUGCAGGGCGUGGUGCGCCUGGAGCUGUCGGGCUGCAACGACUUCACUGAGGCAGGGCUGUGGUCCAGCCUCAGUGCGCGGAUCACCUCGCUGAGCGUGAGCGACUGCAUCAAUGUGGCCGACGACGCCAUCGCGGCCAUCUCGCAGCUGCUGCCUAACCUGGCGGAGCUGAGCCUGCAGGCCUACCACGUGACGGACACGGCGCUGGCCUACUUCACGGCGCGGCAGGGUCACAGCACGCACACGCUGCGUCUGCUCUCUUGCUGGGAAAUCACUAACCACGGCGUGGUCAACGUGGUGCACAGCCUGCCCAACCUCACAGCACUCAGCCUCUCAGGCUGUUCAAAGGUCACCGAUGAUGGUGUUGAGCUCGUAGCGGAGAACCUACGCAAGCUGCGCAGCCUCGACCUGUCGUGGUGCCCUCGCAUCACAGACAUGGCUCUAGAGUAUGUAGCCUGCGACCUGCACCGCCUGGAGGAGCUUGUGCUGGACAGGUGUGUACGCAUCACGGACACUGGCCUCAGCUAUUUGUCCACCAUGUCAUCCCUCCGCAGCCUCUACCUGCGAUGGUGCUGCCAGGUGCAGGACUUCGGGCUGAAGCACCUCCUGGCUAUGAGGAGUUUGCGUCUCUUGUCUCUGGCAGGCUGCCCACUGCUGACCACCACGGGGCUGUCGGGCUUGGUGCAGCUGCAGGAGCUGGAGGAGCUGGAGCUGACCAACUGCCCGGGAGCCACACCUGAGCUCUUCAAGUACUUCUCGCAGCACCUGCCCCGCUGCCUAGUCAUCGAGUAG